AUGAAUUUCCCAGAAGCUGCUGCAUCCCAAUCACCACCUCCGCAGAAAAUAUUUCCUCCUCCACCUUCCAUUUUUCUGGGAAAUUCAUAUGCUACCAAGGAUAUAUCUAAUAAUGGUAUUGGCAUUACAAAUUUCCUUCAGGGCAAGAACUAUUUUAUAACUGGUGCCACUGGAUUUCUUGGUAAAGCUUUCAUCGAGAAAAUGUUGCAUGCAAUUCCAGAUGUUGCCAACAUCUUUCUAUUGAUCAAUGCAAAAGAUAAGGAAGUGUGUGUUUGCAGAUAGAUAAACACUUUUCUCUUGCUUUCUUUUAUCAUAGAACCAGACCUGUUCAAGUGCCUGAAGCAAAUACAUGGGGAAUCUUAUGAAGAAUUCACGAUGAGCAAACUGGUUCCAAUUGUUGGAAACAUGAAUGAACCUGAUAUGGGGAUGGAUGCUGAUACAGCUGAUGAGAUUGCCAAAAAAAUUGAUAUCAUUAUUCAUUCUGCUGCCAAUACAAACUGGCAUAAAAGGUAUGAUCUUGCUCUAAACACGAACACAAAGGGAUGUUCUCGCCUCCUAAGCUUCGCAAAGAAAUGCCCAAAACUUAGUCUUCUUUUUCAUGUAUCAACUGCAUACGUUAAUAGAAAUAGAAAAGGGAGAAGCAUGGAGAAACCUUUCUUAAUGGGACAAAGCAUUGCUGCAGAGAGAUCAUUUGCUUUGGAAGAUCCGAUCCCAGAACUGGACGUAGAUGCUGAAGUAGGAUUAGCUUCGACAUUAGCUGAAACAUUUCAUAUUCCUGUCGACAUGGUUGUGAAUGCGACAUUGGCAGCCAUAGCAAAGCAUGGAAUUUUGGGAAAACCCGAGGUAAAAGUGUAUCACGUGGGAUCAUCAGACAUGAAUCCGCUUGUGUGGAGGAAUAUAUUCAAGUUUUGUUAUGAACACUUUGUUGCUUGUCCAUUGACGAAAACCGAGAUAAAAGAAUUUGAAUUUUUGAAGUCUGUGCACGAAUACUCGACCUAUAUAUACAAAGUCAUGAGACUAAAGGAAUUAGAAACAAGUCAAGAUUUGAAGCUGCAUCAGAAACUUCAGAAGCAAGCCGACAGAAAAGAAGAAUACUUUGUUCAAUUGGCAAAAAUGUACAAGCCCUACAUGUUCAAUAAUGGAUUGUUUGAUAGCAGUAAUAAGCGAAAGAUGAUGGAAGAGAUGUCGUUGGAAGAGAAGAGGAAUUUUGGGUUUGACGUUGGCAGCAUAAAUUGGAAGGAUUACAUCUCAAAUGUUCACAUUCCAGGCCUCAAGAUUCAUGUCAUGAAAUGA